UCUUUGUCCCUCCUGCCUACCCUCUGUACUGCCCCCAGGAUGGGCAGCAGGAGCUGGAGCUGGGCUCUGGUCUGGGCCUCUGUGGCCUUGCUCAUGAUGUGGCCAGCAGAGAUCCAGGGCCAGGCAGAGGCGAGCUCAGAACAUCCAGAAUUCACCGGAGACAGUCAGAAAGUGUAUAGUGCCCCCACAUCCGCAUCCACAAGGCAUGUCACCUUCAUCCCACCUAUCACAGCCUUCCCUAGCAUGAGCGCCUUACACCUGGCACACAAUGGGAGAGUGUGCAGCACGUGGGGUGACUUCCAUUAUAAGACCUUCGACGGUGAUGUGUUCCGCUUUCCUGGCCUCUGUAACUAUGUCUUCUCUUCACACUGCGGGGCCACCUACGAGGACUUCAACAUCCAACUGCGCCGUGGUCUUGAGGGUUCCAGGCCCACGGUCACCUAUGUGUUCCUAAGGGCCCAGGGGUUGGUGAUUGAGCUCUCCAAUGGCUCUGUCCUGGUGAAUGGACAUCGGGAGGAGCUGCCCUACAGCCGUGCAGGUCUUCUGAUGGAGAAGAACAAUGGCUAUGUGAAGAUCAGCAUCCGGCUAGUCCUUACCUUCCUGUGGAAUGAAGAAGAUAGUGCACUGCUGGAGCUGGACUCCAAAUAUGCCAACCAGACGUGUGGGCUGUGCGGUGACUUCAACGGGCUCCCAGCUGUCAAUGAGUUCUACACCCACAACACUAGGCUGACCCCUGUGCAGUUUGGAAACCUGCAGAAACUGGAUGGUCCCACAGAGCAGUGCCAAGAUGUCCUACCCUCAGCUGUCAACAACUGCACAGAUAGGGAGGACUUCUGCCGUCACAUCCUGCUUGGCCCAGCCUUUAACACGUGCAUCCCCCUGGUAGAUGUCAACAUGUACUUGGAUGCCUGUGUCCAGGACCUGUGCCGCUGCCCCACCUGCCCAUGUGCCACUUUUGCUGAAUAUUCCCGCCAGUGUGCCCAUGCAGGGGGCCACCCACAGAACUGGAGGCGCCCUGAUCUCUGCAACUGGACAUGUCCUUUCAACAUGGAAUACCGAGAGUGCAGCUCACCCUGUGUGGAUACCUGCUCCAACCCCCAGCGCUCUCAACUCUGCGAGGACCACUGCAUGGAUGGCUGCUUCUGUCCCCCAGGAACUGUGCUGGAUGAUGUCAGACAUUUGGGCUGCCUGCCCCUGGAGCAGUGUCACUGUCCCCAUGGUGGCCACAUUUAUGCGCCUGGAGAGUCCUUCAAUACCAGCUGUAGGUCCUGCACCUGCUUCGGGGGACUGUGGAAGUGCCAAGACCUGCCGUGCCCUGGCACCUGCUCUGUGCAAGGCGGAUCCCAUAUCUUCACCUUUGAUGAGAAACUCUACAAUGUGCAUGGAGACUGCAGCUACAUCCUGGCUAAGAAAUGUGCAGAUAGUAGCUUCACUGUGCUGGUCGAUCUUCGGAAGUGUGGAGUGACGGACACCGAGAACUGCCUCAAAGCAGUGACACUAAACCUCAAUAGUGGGGACAUGGUCAUCCGGAUCCAGGCCAAUGGUGCUGUGUUCCUGAACUCCAUCUUUACUCAGCUGCCCUCAUCAGCAGGCAACGUCACCAUCUUCAGGCCGUCAUCCUUCUUCACCAUAGUACAGAUGGGCACGGGGCUGCAGCUUCAAGUGCAGCUGGUGCCCCUCAUGCAGGUGUUUGUCAGGCUGGACCGCUCCUACCAAGGCCAGAUGUGUGGCCUGUGUGGAAACUUCAACCUGAACCAGGCUGAUGACUUCGCAGCCCUCAGUGGGGUGGUGGAGGGCACAGGAGCAGCCUUCUCCAACACCUGGAAGACUCAAGCCUCCUGCCCCAACUCCAAGUACACCUAUGAGGACCCCUGUUCAUACAGUGUGGAGAACGAGAACUUCGCCCGGAAGUGGUGCUCCAUGCUCACGGAAAGCUCAGGAGUUUUCUCGGCCUGCCACGCCACUGUUAGCCCAGUGCCCUUCUACUCGAACUGCUUGUUUGACACAUGCAACUGUGAGAACAGCGAGGACUGCAUGUGUGCGGCCCUGUCCUCCUAUGUGUUUGCCUGCGCUGCCAAAGGUGUGCUGCUCAGUGGCUGGAGGGACAAAGUCUGCUACAAGUACAGGAACAACUGCCCCCAGACCAAGGACUACUUCUACUCAGUGAGUUCUUGCCAGCCGACCUGCCGCUCUCUGAGUGAGGCCGACGUCACCUGCAGCAUCCCUUUUGUGACGGUGGAUGGCUGCACCUGCCCCGAAGGCACCUUCCUGAAUGACAAGGACCACUGUGUGCCAGUGGAGGAAUGCCCUUGCUACUUCCAUGGGAUUGUGGUGGCUCCGGGAGAGGUUGUUAUGGACAACGGUGUGGUGUGCUCGUGUACAAACGGGAAGUUGGCCUGCCUGGGAGCCCUGAUGCAGAACACAGAGUGCCAGGCACCUAUGGUCUACCUGAAUUGUAACAAUGCCUCAGUGGGUGACCACGGGGCCGAAUGCCUUAGAAGCUGCCACACCCUGGAUGUGGAUUGUUUCAGCACACAGUGUGUCUCGGGCUGCGUGUGUCCUGCAGGGCUGGUAGCAGAUGGGAACGGGGGCUGUGUCGCUGAGGAGGACUGCCCCUGUGUACACAAUGAGGCCACCUAUAGACCUGGGGAGAUCAUCUGGGUAGACUGCAAUAACUGCACCUGCAGGAACCGCCGGUGGGAAUGCACCAACCAGCCCUGCAUGGGUGCAUGUGUGGCCUACGGGGAUGGCCAUUUUGUUACCUUUGAUGGUGAGCGCUACAUCUUUGAAGGCAGCUGCGAGUAUACCUUGGCUCAGGACUACUGCAGAGGCAACACCAGUACUGAUGGGACCUUCCGUAUUGUCACUGAGAAUGUCCCUUGUGGGACCACGGGAACCACCUGCUCCAAGGCCAUCAAGAUCUUUGUGGAGAGCUACGAGCUGAUCCUUCACGAGGGGAACUUUAAGGUGGUAGAGCGAGGGCCGAGUGGGGACCCUCCAUACAAGAUCAGAUACAUGGGCAUCUUCCUGGUCAUUGAGAUUCGCAGUGGGAUAGUCGUGUCCUGGGACAGGAAGACCAGUGUGUUUGUCCGGCUGCAGCAGCAUUACAAGGGCAGGGUCUGUGGCCUGUGUGGGAACUUUGACGACAAUGCCAUCAAUGACUUCACCACACGCAGCCAGUCUGUGGUGGGCGACGUGCUGGAGUUUGGAAACAGCUGGAAGUUCUCCCCAUCCUGCCCGGAUGCCCCGGUUCCCAAGGACCCCUGCAUUGCCAACCCUUACCGCAAGUCCUGGGCCCAGAAAAAAUGCAGCAUCAUCAACAGUGCAACUUUUGCUACCUGUCACUCUCAGGUGGACUCUACAAAAUACUAUGAAGCCUGUGUGCAUGAUGUGUGUGCCUGUGACUCAGGAGGUGACUGCGAGUGUUUCUGCACUGCUGUGGCCGCCUAUGCCCAGGCCUGCCGUGAUGUGGGAGUGUGCUUGUCCUGGAGGACACCAGACAUCUGCCCUCUUUUCUGUGACUACUACAACCCUCAUGGGGAAUGUGAGUGGCAUUAUCAGCCCUGUGGAGCCCCCUGUCUGAAGACCUGUCGGAACCCAACUGGACACUGCCUCGUUAACCUGCCAAGCCUGGAAGGCUGCUACCCACAGUGCCCACCCAGCCAGCCCUUCUUCAAUGAGGACCAGAUGAAGUGUGUGGCCCAGUGUGGCUGCUACGAUGAUAAUGGAAACUACCAUGACAUUGGCACACAGGUCCCUACAGCUGAGAAUUGCCAGAGUUGCCUCUGUACCCCUGGUGGCCUCCAGUGUGUUUACAACCUUACAGCCUGCACGUGCACCUAUGAGGGCCGUACCUACAACUACAAUGAUGUUAUCUACAACACCACGGAUGGCCUCGGCGCCUGCUUAGUAGCCAUUUGCAAAGACAAUGGAACUAUAACACGCACAACUGAAGUGUGCCAUGAAGUUCCAUCUACCACACCAUUUACAUUCACCACCACUCCGGCACCUGUUGCCACAAACGGCUCAGCUCCCACUGUGUCUACUGUGUGUGUCCAUGAGGUCUGCCACUGGUCCGUUUGGUAUGAUGAGAGCCAUCCAGAGGCUGGCAUGUCAAGUGGGGACUUUGAAACAUUUGAGAACCUGAGGAAGAAAGGGCACCAGGUGUGUCAAACCCCUGUUGGCAUCGAAUGCCGUGCAGUGAAAUUCCCCAGCGUGGACUUAGAGAAGCUGGGUCAGAAGGUAAACUGUGACCCAUCCUCUGGGCUGAGAUGCUUCAACAGUGAACAGAGCCCCCCGCUGUGCCACAACUAUGAGCUGAGGGUUCUGUGCUGUGAUUAUGUGCCCUGUGGCUCCUCUCUGACUUUGGGCAUAAGUACCACUCACUCCCAGCCUGACAUCAGUAGAAGACCCUCUUUGCCUACACUUACCACUCAUACAGCAUCCUCAGAAUCACAGUCCUGGACCAGAGGAGAGAAAGAGACAUCCCUGGAUAAAAUUCACAGCUCAAGGCAAACAAUGCCAUUUUCCUCAAACAGCAGACCUACUUCACCUCCUAUGCUGUCUACAAACUCAGUCAGCAGCCUCCCCCUGUCUCACCCUACCUGGACUACAACAGUGAAAGAGACCAAUGAGAACACAGUGCUUAGCUCCCGGACAACAGCAGCAUUCACUUCACAAACCAGGUCCACGUCAAGGCCCAGCACAGUCACACAGUCAGUCAGCAGCCCUGAGACCUCCUCCACCACCUGCCAACCCCAAUGUCAGUGGACAAAGUGGAUUGAUGUAGACUACCCUACAUCUAGCACUGAUGGAGGAGACAUAGAGACAUAUGAGAAUAUCAGGGCCAAUGGAGAAAACAUCUGUGAGAAGCCUCAGGAUAUAAUCUGUAUGGCCCAGAACUACCCCGGAGUGAGCGUGGACAAGUUGGAACAGAAGGUGACGUGUGAUGUCAGCUUUGGUUUGGCGUGCUACAACAAGGACCAGGAUGGCGCUUUCCCAAUGUGCUACAACUACCUGAUCAAGGUGCUCUGUUGUAGUGUUAGCCACUGCCAGGUAUCUACCACCACUGCAGGGUUGGUCCCAACGACGGAAACUGCCACCUCCACUAUGCAGACCCUGUCCUCCAAGCCUCUUCCCAGCACUAGUUCAAUUGAGACCUGGUCUCUCUCAGGCUCCACCUCCAAUAUAGAUGCUUCAGAGAUGCCCACCCUUGGGACCUUGACCACAAGCGUAUCGUCCCCACCCACCACUCCUCUCACAGUCACCUCAGUGAGCACUCAGCAUUCCAAGAGUCUAGAAUCCUCUGGCAUCCCAUCAGUAGUGACUGCCAGGUCCACGUCUCAAGGGCACUCCCUGCCUUCCAGCAGUCCCCAUACUACCAAUACGCUCUCAGCAACAACUUCAAGGACUUCCCUGUCCAGCAUGGCAACCAUCUCUACCUCCCUGACCACUCCCGGACCCUCCAAUCCUCCUCAUGGAAGCACUACCACAAACCCAACCACAGCUGCCUCCAUGACCAGAACAGCUACUGAGACCCUCUCCUCAGGGCCCCAUACCAAGACCACCUCAGAGAUCCCUGGAGUCCCCUUGGCCAGCUCUACAGCAGGACCCAGCACGCAGACUGGGUCCACUUCAAGGCCCGGCACAGUCACACAGUCAGUCAGCAGCCCUGAGACCUCCUCCACCACCUGCCAACCCCAAUGUCAGUGGACAAAGUGGAUUGAUAUAGACUACCCUACAUCUAGCAUUAAUGGAGGAGACAUAGAGACAUAUGAGAAUAUCAGGGCCAAUGGAGAAAAAGUUUGUGAGAAGCCUCAGGAUAUCAUCUGUAUGGCCCAGAACUACCCCGGAGUGAGCGUGGACAAGUUGGAACAGAAGGUGAAGUGUGAUGUCAGCUUUGGUCUGGUGUGCUACAACAAGGACCAGGACGGCGCUUUCCCGAUGUGCUACAACUACCUGAUCAAGGUGCUCUGUUGUAGUGUUAGCCACUGCCAGGCACCUAACACCACUGCAGGGUCGGUCCCAACGACUGGAACUGCCACCACUGCCAUUUCUGGGACAGCUACACAUUCUUCCUGGCCUGCGUCCAGCAUGCCUACCAGCACCAGCACCAGCACCACAGAGUCAUUUUCUUCCCCUGGACAAACCACAGUUCUUACCACAGCUUCUUCUGUAGCCACAGCCACACCCAGGGAGACCCAAACCUCAUCCUUGCUAACCACUGGUCUCUCCUCGGCUCUUACAACCCCAGGGACCACAUCCAAGAGGUGUAAGUCUCAAUGCACCUGGACAGACUGGCUGGACAGUGACAAACCUCAACCUGGCCAGUUUGGAGGAGACAUUGAGACCUACUAUCAUAUUCAAAACAAGACAGGUAUCGAGGUAUGCAAGAAACCCGUGGACAUCGAAUGUGAGGCCGUCCUCUUCCCCAACAUGUCCUUCCAGCAGCUGGGCCAGGAGGUGGUUUGUAAUGUGGACUUUGGACUCAUCUGUAGGAACAGCAAGCAGGACGACAACCAAACCUGUUUCAACUACCAUAUCCGUGUCCUCUGCUGUGAGGAAGACACCAGCUGUAUCAGCACAACUGGACCACUGUCUACUACCUCCACAUUAGAACCUGGAUUUCCCAGCACAGUCUCCACAUCCACAAGCAAGUGGCCAUCAGAGGAGCCAAAACCCUCAACUUCAUUCACAACUCAAAGCAGACCCUCUACCCCUAGGACAGAGAAGAUUGUCUCCAUCACCACAACUAGGACUACGGGGAGUUUCCCUGUCUCUAGUCUCUCUACGCUUCCAGCCUCUCCCACCAGCCUUCUCCAAACCUCAAAAGAGCCACACUCAGGUAAACCAACCACAAGUUCAUGGACAGCCUCCUCCAACGUUCCGAGCACAGCCAAGCCGACCACCUCCACUGGCAAACAAUUCUCUAGAACAAAAACCACGUUGUGGAAUAGCAUCCCUUCUAGUACCUCAACCAUGGCCACCAGAUCCAUCCAUCCCAUUUCUACCACAAUGACAACGAAGAACCCUCAAACACUGAUCACCAAUGACAUUUCCAAAAGCAACUCUAUGUUGCCUAGUAGGUCCCAUAUCACAACAUCUUCAGCCACAGCAACAAGUGGGGAUCUGAUCAGCAAGUCACACUUCUCUACCUCCCUGACCACUCCUGGACCCUCCAAUCCUCCUCAUGGAAGCACUACCACAAACCCAACCACAGCUGCCUCCAUGACCAGAACAGCUACUGAGACCCUCUCCUCAGGGCCCCAUACCAAGACCACCUCAGAGAUCCCUGGAGUCCCCUUGGCCAGCUCCACAGCAGGACCUGGCACACAGACUGGGUCUACUUCAAGGCCCAGCACAGUCACACAGUCAGUCAGCAGCCCUGAGACCUCCUCCACCACCUGCCAACCCCAAUGUCAGUGGACAAAGUGGAUUGAUGUAGACUACCCUACAUCUAGCACUGAUGGAGGAGACAUAGAGACAUAUGAGAAUAUCAGGGCCAAUGGAGAAAAAGUUUGUGAGAAGCCUCAGGAUAUCAUCUGUAUGGCCCAGAACUACCCCGGAGUGAACGUGGACAAUUUGGAACAGAAGGUGAAGUGUGAUGUCAGCUUUGGUCUGGUGUGCUACAACAAGGACCAAAGUGGCGCUUUCCCGAUGUGCUACAACUACCUGAUCAAGGUGCUCUGUUGUAGUGUUAGCCACUGCCACGUAUCUACCACCACUGCAGGGUCGGUCCCAACAACAGGAACUGCCACCACUGCAGGUUCGGCCCCAGUGAUGACGGGAUCAGCAACUACUGCCACUCAGACCCUGAGUUCUGAGCCUCUUCCCAACACUAGUCUGGCUGUGACGAGUCCUCACUCGGCCUCCACCACAGUAGCAACAAGCAUCACGGAAACUAGCAGCCCAGGAAGAGCCUCUUCAAUCCAUACAACAUCCACGAUCUUGCCUGAGACAUUACAGUCAACUCCUAGCUUGACAACACAACGAAGCUCGUCCACUGGAAUCUGGACAAGUAUAACGGGCACAGCUGGUACUGCCUCCUCAAAAUCUCUGUCCACCAGUCUAGAGUUGACCACAGGCCUAACUGAGCUGUCCACCAGUACACCAAUGACAUCUACCCUACCAGUAACUGUGACUAAUGCCACCACCCCCCAAGGCACAACACACUGCCAGCCCAAAUGUAAGUGGACUGAAUGGUUUGAUGUGGACUCGCCAACCUCGGGAGUAGUAAAAGGGGACAUGGAGACCUAUGAAAACAUCAGGGCUUCUGGUAAGAAGAUGUGCCAGGCCCCUGAGAAAAUUGAGUGUCGGGCAGAGAACUACCCUGCGGUGAGCAUUGAUAAGAUUGGCCAAGUAGUAAGCUGCAACCUGGAGACGGGGCUGGUCUGCAGAAAUGAGGACCAGACAGAUGAUUUCAAAAUGUGCUUCAACUAUAAUAUACGUGUGCUUUGUUGUGAUGACUAUAGCCACUGUCCUAACACCCCUUACAGCACCAUCAAUACAUCCCCGCUCUGGUCUACCCAUACUCCCCUGGCCUCAGUGUCUUUGAGCACUGAAUCCACCUUUCAGACUAGCAGUCCUGCCAGCUCUUCAGUGCCAGGUACCCAAACAUCCGCAUGGUCUACACUUCCUGACACGGGCUGUGCACCUCGCUGCAAAUGGACUGAGUGGUUUGAUGCAGACUACCCUAACCCUGGGCCCAGAGGCGGGGACUUUGAGGUCUAUGCAGUGUUACGUGAGGUUGGCUAUAUCUUUUGUGAUCAGCCCAAGGACAUCCAGUGCCGUUCAGAGAAGGAGCCAGACAGGCCCCUGGAAACUCUAGAGCAGAUGGUCCAGUGUGAUGUGCGAUUUGGGCUGAUAUGCAAAAAUAUCAACCAAUCGGGACCUUUGCAGUAUUGUGACAACUACCACGUGCGCCUCCUCUGUUGUGACAACUAUAGCCACUGUACCACGCCACCUAUGGCCACCAUGUCCACUGCCCCUUCUACUUCUCACCUACCAUCUACUUACACUGCCCUGGCUCUGAAUACCACAACUUCUUUCCCUGGGGUCACUAGUUCCAGCGCACCCCACUCCUCUUCCCUGGGAUCUACUCACACCUCUGCAAUGUUGACCACCGAGACUUCACCUAUAGCCACUGGUCCCACUGUGGUUCCCUCCUCAACCUCAGGGACCCCUCAUAGUCCCAAAGUUUCCCCCAGCAGCCAGGUGACCUUCAGUGUGCCUACUGCUUCUUCCUCGGUCUUCAGUACCACCAGGCCUACUGUCUUUUCCAGCCACGCACCUUCCCCAUCACCCUGUUUCUGUCAGGCAUUUGGACAGCUGUUCUUACCUGGUGAUACCAUCUACAAUAAGACUGAUGGAGCUGGCUGCCAAUUCUAUGCCAUCUGCAACCAGUAUUGUGAUAUUGACCGCUUCCAGGGUACCUGCCCCUCCUCUUCACCUCCAAUGUCCUCUACCCCUGCACCUUUGCCUUCCCUGCUUCCUGGCUGUGAUAAUGCCAUCCCUCCUCGGCAGGUGAAUGAGUCUUGGACCCUGGAGAACUGCACAGUGGCCAAGUGCCAGGGCAACAACCAAAUCAUCCUCCUAGAACCAGAGCCUGUGGACAAUGUCACCUGUGUCAACAAGCACUUGCCCAUCAAAGUGUGGGACCAGGAACCUUGCCAUUUCCACUACGAGUGUGAAUGCUUCUGCAGUGGAUGGGGGCACUCACACUACCUGACAUUUGAUGGCACCUCCUAUACUUUCCUGGACAACUGUACCUCGGUGCUCAUGAGAGAGAUCCAUCCUCGCCAUGGCAACCUGAGCAUCCUUGCCCACAGCUCCUACUGUGGGGCUACCACAAAUGUCACCUUCUGUCCCCGUGCCCUCAGUGUGUACUACAACUCCAUGGAGAUUAUCCUCACCAUCACCACCACUAACAGUGGGAAGGAAGAGAGCCUGAUUAUAUGGGACCAGAUGUGGAUACGGUCAAGCUUCAGUAAGAAUGGCGUGACCGUGUCCUUGAGUGGGGCUACCACAAUAAGCAUCAACAUUCCCACCAUUGGCACCAGCAUCACUUUUGAUGGGGACAUCUUCCAGAUAUGGUUGCCUUAUAGAUAUUUCAGCAACAAUACUGAGGGCCAGUGUGGUACCUGCACAAACAGCCAGACAGAUGACUGCCGCCGGCCUGAUGGCACCAUAGCCUCUGACUGCCAGGACAUGGCCAAAGACUGGCUGGUGCCUGGGAACAGUAGCAGUGACUGCUUAGUUCAGCCUAGUCCUUCCCCCAGCACCACUCCCCAGACCCCAGUGACCUCCACCCCAUGCCCCUCUGCACCUCUCUGUGAGCUGAUGCUGAGCCAGGUCUUCGCCGAGUGCCACAAGCUCAUCUCUCCAGAUGCCUUCUUCAGAACCUGUGUCAGUGACCACUGCAAUGCCAAUGUUACUGAAAUGCUCUGCCAGAGCCUGGAGGCCUAUGCAGCACUAUGCCGGGCCCAGGGUGUAUGCACCAACUGGCGCAAUGCCACUGGAGGGCUGUGUGACCUCUCCUGUCCACCCACUAAGGAGUACAGGCCCUGUGGACCCCUGCAUCCAGCAUCCUGCAGCUCCAGGAUCCAGCAAAAUUCAACUGGGAUGCUGGCAGAGGGCUGCUUCUGCCCUGAGAAUCAGCUCCUCUUCAACUCACGCAUGGACAUCUGUGUGUCAGAGUGUCCCUGCGUGGGACCAGACGGGCUACCCAAGUUUCCUGGAGAACACUGGAUCAGCAACUGCCAGGCCUGUGUGUGUGACCCCGGCUCUGUGACAGUACAGUGUGAGCCAGUGAAGUGUGAGAGCCAGGAAAAACCCCUGCAGUGCACAGAACCUGGCUUUGUGACUGUGACCUGGCCCAGCGCUGACAAUCCAUGCUGUCCUGAGACACUGUGUGUUUGCAAUUCAACCACCUGCCCCAAGAGUCUGCCCACAUGUGAGCCAGGGUAUGAGCUGGUCCAGACCCAUGAGAAUGGCAGCUGUUGCCCCAACUCCAGCUGUCGACCUAAGCUGUGUACAUACAAUGACACCAUUUAUGGGGUUGGUACAACCUUCCCAGGGGGUCCCUGCCAGACAUGCACCUGCCUCCCUGUGGGCGACCAAGAGCCGAAAGUAGAGUGUAAGGAGAUGCACUGUAACACCUCUUGUCCCCAGGGCUUCAAGUACACGCUGGUGCCAGAUCAGUGCUGCGGGGAGUGCGUGCAGAACGCCUGCUUCACACCAGAGGGCCAUGUGGUUCAGUCCAAUGAAACCUGGGUGAACAGUCCUGUGGACAACUGCACUGUAUACCACUGUACAGCUGAGAAUGGAGUCCAUGUACUGACCCCAAUCCCCACGUCUUGCCCUGAUGUAUCCAACUGUACGGGAACCCUAAGGAAAACCGGUUGCUGUUACUCCUGUGAAAAAGAGGACUCAAGUACUUGUCAAGUGCAUGUAAAUGCGACCAUCUUGCGGCAUAAGGGCUGUGAGACAGAGGCCAGCGUCACCUUCUGCGAGGGUUCCUGCUCUGGAAAGUCCAAGUACUCCAUGGAGGCCCAGGCCAUGGAGCGCCAGUGCACCUGCUGUCAGGAGAGCAAGGUCCAUGAUGUAGCUGUAACUAUGCAGUGUCCCGAUGGUACAGUCAUCCAACACACCUAUACCCACAUCGAUGAGUGCACCUGUGCCCCAGCCUGCAGCUCCCUGCCUGGGACUUCCAUGAACGUUUUCUAG